AUGGCUGACGAGGGUGCAUCACCCCGCGAACUGAUCGUGGAGGCCUGCCGCCGGGAUCAACCCCACCUAAUUGAGCAAGUGCUGAACGAUAUGGAAGAGAAGUCAAAUGAACAAGUGGCAGAGUUCUUCAAUGGCGUGACAGACUCAAUGGGAAACUAUGCAUUGCACAUCUGUGCCCAGUAUGGCAGCUAUGACACUGCAGACGCGUUAUUUGACAUCCAGUUCUUCGAAUGUGACCCCUUGACCCGGCUGGACAAGGAUACACCGCUUCACAUUGCUGUGCGGUAUGCCAACGAAAAAGAUGCAGCGCUGGGGGAGGCCAUGAUUAAGAUGAUGUGUGAGGCUGGAUGUGAUCCUCGGGUGCGGAAUAAGCAUGGUCAGAAGCCUGCUGAGCUGGUCUUCAACAACAGUGAGAUCAAGAAGACCCUUCAGCAGAGUGAGUAUAUUAUGGCUGAGGGAAUCCACAACACCAAUGGAGCCGAAUCAGAUGGUGGUGAGGCUAGUGACAGCGAUUAG